AUGAAGUAUACAGACCAGUCCUCCGCUUCCCUUCCCACCACAUCAAGCUCAAAGCUGGCCCAACAUGCCCAACCUGCCCUCACCAUCGUUCCUCCUACCCCCUCAAAACUGCGCUUCCAACCCAACCAAACAGCAUCCACGGCCUCCCCACCCCAUCCCAUCUCCGCCUCCUUCUUCAGCCCCAUUGAUCCAUACCUCCCAAGCCGACAGUCCACUUUGCACCUAACACCACAAUAUGUCUUUCCGUCCCACCUCAACUAUCUCCCCCGCAACCUCGAAAUUCCUUACGCAUUUAACCACCAUAUCCUCUCCUUCUACUGGUCCCGCGCCGACGCCCUUGCGGACGUCAAAUACAACAUCUGGGCCCGACCACCAUGUCUUAAUUGUGUGAUUGCGUGCGGAGGAGAUGAAGAUGGGGAUCUAGCAAGACGAUGUAACCUGGGAGUUAAGAUGGAUGAGAGUUUCGGGAAGGCGAGGACUUGUGGACGGUGUCUCAGGAACGGCGAGGGGGGGAGGUGUGUGGAGAUGAUUGAGGUGAGGAGGGAUGGGAGCGUAUCAGCUCAGAAUGGCGAUCUCAGCACCAAGGAGUUAGGGGGUUGGGAAGUGGAGGGCAAAGAAGAGGUAGUGAGGGCGUGGGCGAGUUUGAGGGAUGGUGGUCCUUUGUUUGCGGGUAGGCAGAAUUGGGCGUUGCCGAGGAGGACAGAGUUGACGCAUCGGCCGAGUGAGGUGACUUCGGACUCGGAGUCGUCGACGCCGGAAGGACAGAAGAUCGCGGACGACAAGCACUUUGAAGCAACAAGAGCAACCAUCGAACACAUGUUCGACCGUAUCCCUGUACUGGAGAUCUACAUCGCAGAGCAGAAAAGAUUCUGGCACGACCGCAUCUGUGCCGAGAGCGUGCAUUUAUAUGACAAAGAACUGACGCAGAAUGGUGUGCAAGCCGCGGUGGAGAUUGAGAAAGAGUGGGAGAAAGCCAAGAGUCUUGUCAUUUUGGAGGUAGAAGAUCUAUUGGAUCAUGUCUUGAGGGGGAGGGCCGAAUGUGUUGACGAGACGGAGAUUCUUGCUUGGGUAGAGAAGGUGUCGGCAGACACAAGAGAAUGGCUGGAUCGCUUGGUGCCGAGGAUUUGGGAUAGGUUAGCUACUCAUAUGAGUGAGAGAUGA